GCGGCAGCAGCAGCAGCAGAAGCAGCAGCAGCCAGAAGCCUCGUCUGCUCACAGAAGUUGAGUCAACGCACCGGGGGGGAAACGCGCAGCCUGGAUUCAUGAGGCUCCUCCACUCUCACAGACAGUCCUCUUGUCUGCGGCGCGGGGGGACUUUUUACUCAUUCUCUGUUGCACCAGAGCCCCGUUUACCAUUUGGAAGAUGUGUUGGUGGGCACUGAUAAUCUGAGCUGCAACCAUUGCAACGCCCACUCAUUAUAAAGUACCUUCGGAUCUACUGCAUGGGAGUUUGACCAGCCAGCUGGAAAGAAGCUUUUAAACAGUACGGCUCUUCGCACAAGUGAACAAUGCUCAGAUUAGAGACCAUCCUUUGCACUUUUUCUCUGCUGUGUGUGGCGGCAAGAGCAGAUUUUAAAGCACGGAAUUGCAGCGAGGUGCGGGAGGCUUGUGUCGGGAAAGGCUUCAGCUUUGCACAUGUUCCUCCUCAGGAGAUCCCAGGUGAACAUCUUCGAGUAUGUCCUCAAGGAAACACGUGUUGCACACAGGAAAUGGAGGACACAUUUGGCCAACAGAGUAAACAGGACUUUGAAAAUCUAGUGGAGGAAGUGAGUCAUGAACUGAGGAGCACCUUUGUUUCCCGGCAUAAGAGAUUUGAUGAAUUCUUCCUGGAGCUUCUGGAAAACACAGAGAGGUCCCUGAAUGAGAUGUUCGUGAGGACUUAUGGGAAGCCUUACAUGCAGAACUCAGAGGUCUUUGAGAACCUGUUUGCUGAGCUGAAACGCUACUACACAGGAGGGAAUGUUAACCUGGAGGAAAUGCUUAAUGACUUUUGGUCACGGCUACUGGAGCGUAUGUUCACACUGCUCAACUCCCAGUAUGUCAUCACUGAGGACUAUCUGGAGUGUAUCAGUAAGUACACCGACCAGCUCAAGCCCUUUGGAGACGUGCCCAGGAAGCUCAAGGCUCAGGUUACGCGGGCAUUCAUCGCCGCUCGCACAUUUGUCCAAGGGCUCUCUGUUGGCCGGGAGGUGGCUCAGAGAGUGUCAAAGGUAAGCAGCACUCCAUCAUGUAUGCGAGCGCUGACAAAGAUGCUUUACUGCCCUUUUUGUCAGGGCAUGCCAGCAGUAAAAUCCUGUAAGAACUACUGCUUGAAUGUCAUGAAGGGCUGUCUGGCCAACCAAGCUGACCUGGAUCCAGAGUGGAACCAGUACAUUGAUGCCCUGCUGCUGGUGGCACAGAGGCUGGAGGGACCUUUCAACAUUGAAUCUGUCAUGGAGCCCAUUGAUGUCAAGAUAUCCGAGGCCAUUAUGAAUAUGCAAGACAACAGUGCCCAGGUCUCCUACAGGGUUUUUCAAGGUUGUGGUCAGCCAAAACCCGCAGGAAUGACUAGGUCUACCCGUGGUGUUUCGGAUGUGUUCAACGCCCGCUUCAGGCCGUACAGUCCAGAGGAGCGGCCUACCACUGCAGCUGGCACAAGCCUAGACAGACUGAGGAUUGUUUGGAAUGCGAUGCAACAAAGUGUGGACGACAUAAAAGAGAAACUGAAGCUGUCCAAGAAAUUUUGGACCAACCUGCCCGAGGCGAUGUGUGUGGAGGACAGAGUGACCGCUGGAAAUGCCAGUGAUGAAGAAUGCUGGAAUGGACACACCAAGGGCAGGUACUUCCCUGAAGUCCAAAAGGAUGGACUGACCAACCAGGUGAAUAACCCUGAGGUGGGCGUCGACAUCACCCGCCCAGACACUGUCAUCCGCCAGCAGAUCAUGGCUCUGAGGGUGAUGACCAACAAACUGAGAAAUGCCUACAACGGCAACGAUAUCUACUUUCAAGACACAAGUGAUGAAGGCAGUGGCUCAGGCAGUGGCAGUGGCUGCACAGACGUUUGCCCCACAGACAUGGACAGUGCUGCCACUGAAGCCCCGGUGGUGAAAGCUGACCGAAGUGGGCCUGUGGGUGACACUGCUGUGCACCAUGUACCCUCUGUAGCCCUGCCAACCAUGCUGGCCCUGUCAGCCCUGGCACUACACCGACAAUGGAGAUAAUGCUGGGGAAACGGGCCAAACAUGGACAUGUUUUAUUUUGUUCUUCUUCUUUUUUGCAGUUUUUGUAUUUAGGCAGAUUGGAGCUACUGUCAAGCAGACAGUAUUCAGGCUGCCAACCUAGAGGGGUCUGCUCUGAAAAAGAGAGCAGUCACACAUCAUGAUUUCCCACUUUCCCAAAGAUCAUUCAGUGCCAUUCUUAGACUUGAUAUAAUGGCAUCACGUCACCAGUUAACACCGAUGCCGCCCCAACUCAACAAACUCUGCUUCAGAGAUUGAAAAAAAAAAAAAAAAAGUAUUUCUUGCACAUAUGGCAGGUAUUGAUGUAGGUAAUGUUGACAAAUACACGCACUUUUGAUUGUUUCAAUUUGUUUAUGCAAAACAUGUUUGUGUGUUGAGAAAUGUUGAGAAUGUGGUUAUUUGAUGCACCUAAAUAUGUUUAUUGUAUGUUUAAUGUUAUAUUUUAGACAAAAAAAAACGGAGUAGAAUGAUUUCACUGAGAUGUAAUUUCAGGAACAUGUGGUUUCCAACCAGUGAACUCGCGUGCCAGUUACUGAUUGACAUGUUUUCAUGUUUCAGUCACGGGCGGAUCAUAUGUUGGGUCUGUUCACAGCUCUCCAUGGAACUCUUCAAUAGCCACUUUGUGCUACUACUCACAUGUUAAAAGGGAUGAGGUGUAGACAAGUAUCUAUGUCUAUUUCUAAAUGAGUACAUAAAUCUAUGUACUCAUUUGCUUUUAUUAUCUGCAAAAUAACUUCACAUGAUUGAGUUCAGGAGUAGAACGAGUUAUGGAGGGGUAUUGUUAUACAGAGAUGGUGCCACCAGUGCCACCUAUGUUUGGGUAUUGACCAAUUCCUAAAUUAUACUUUUUUCAACAUCAAUUUUAUUAAAUUCAUUUGAACAUAGUACAGUACAAUUAUUUAGAUUUUGGUGUUGGAGUAGUAUAAGAUUGGCUCACUGAUGCUUAUGAAAUGAAAAUGUUAUAUUUAAUUACAACACAUGUUUUAUUAUUAGCUGACAGAGAGUUUCAGUACCCUGUUGAUACCUCAAAAUAAAUGAAGUUCAACACCCAGCCACUGGAUGUGCAGUGUUGUGGUGGUGCAUGUUAUUGGAAGAAAUUCAGUGAACUCAUGACAGAGUGGACUAAAUCAAUUCUAACCCUCACUAAUAGACAGUAUAAUAACCAAUUAAUGUAUUUCAUUAUUUUUAUUUUUUUUUUCUUAUUCCAUGAGGAGUCUAUGUCUCCUUUUAUUUUACACAAUGUCCUUCCACCUCACCACUGUCAGGCAUCCGUGAUCUGCAUGCACAGCUGCUCAGUAAGCAAGAGAUUCUUAUGUAUUUUCUGGUAAAUUCAUAAAGCCUUAUAAAGGAAGUCCCACACACUAUGACAAGCACAUUAAUUAAAUGCACAAUCACCAUCACUGUGGUCUUGUGCAGCUUUCAUCUCUGCAGUCAUUUAAUUUCAUAAAUACUGGAAUUACACAUACAGGUGGCACAAAAAGUGUUUUUAGCCACUUUUGCUUAUGUGAUUUAAAACCCAACGCUUUCUAUAGGUACUGCACCAGUUUGGGUAAAAUAGUGCAUCAUAACAGCACAAUAAACAAUUACUGUGUCCUGUCAAAUAGUUAAAAAAAAAAAUAAAGAAAAUUAGAAAAAGAUUGUUACCACAGUUAUGCAAAAGGUGAGGGAAUUAUUAAGAGAGGAAGUAGCAAACAGCACACAGUGGACACUAGAAAUGCAAAGAAAGGCUCCCUAAAUUUAUCUUCAAAGCUUGAAUGGUUAUGUCGGCAGCACAGACAGGCUUGAAGCCGACCACAGUCACCUGUGAAAUGAGAAUAUGUGGAGACUGGACAGGGCUGAAUGCUUCAGUGAAGCUCCUCAGCAGAGCAUACUUACAGAGAAUGUGAGAGGCCUGGCACUGCUGAGGGGGGGACGGACAGAAUCAACCUGUAUGUACGUCCACUGUUCUCCGAGAGCUGUCAGCUCUGUAACCACCUGGCCCACUAAGCUUACAUAUCCUGCCUACAUACAGUCCGCAUUAUACACUUUGCAUUAUAUGAAUGAAUAUUUGUUGAGCUUUUUUUUUUUUUGUUACCUUUAAGUCAGCAUUCACGUCCACGUUGCAACAACAAAAAGGAAAAAAAAAUAUGGAGGGAUAUGUGAAAUGUGUAAUUUGAAAGAAUUCUUUGGUAUGAAUUUUUAACUUACAGGAUGCCCUUUUUAUGUUUUGUAUCAUCAAACUUUUAAUGGUAAUAUUUUUGCAAUAAAAACAUUGAAAACGGU